CUACCAGAGGCACUGCCCAAUAAAUUUAGAUUAUAAUGCCCCUCCUUUUCUCUCCCUUUUCUUCACCUUACAGUUUUACCAAGAUGUAAAGGACUGGUGGCUCUUCGGGUUCUAUUUCUGCAUGCCCUUGGUGUGCACUGCGAUCUUCUACACCCUUAUGACCUGUGAGAUGUUAAACAGAAGGAACGGCAGCUUGAGAAUUGCCCUCAGUGAGCACCUUAAACAGCGUCGAGAAGUGGCAAAAACAGUUUUCUGCUUGGUUGUCAUUUUUGCUCUUUGCUGGUUCCCUCUUCACUUGAGCCGUAUUUUGAAGAAAACCGUGUACGAUGAGAUGGACAAGAACCGAUGUGAAUUACUUAGUUUCUUGCUGCUCAUGGAUUACAUCGGCAUUAACUUGGCAACCAUGAAUUCCUGUAUAAACCCCAUAGCUCUAUACUUUGUGAGCAAGAAAUUUAAGAAUUGUUUCCAGUCUUGCCUCUGCUGUUGCUGUUACCAGUCCAAAAGUCUGAUGACCUCAGUCCCCAUGAAUGGAACAAGCAUACAAUGGAAGAACCAUGAACAAAACAACCACAACACAGAGAGGAGCAGCCAUAAGGACAGUAUUAACUAAACAUCUUAAGAGAUAUUAAUCAAUAAUCCUUCAAAUUCUAUUGGAGAAAAAAAAAAUCACACAGCAACUGUGUUUCCAGAAAUCUUUUCUCCAAUCCUUCUCCUGUGACUCAGCCCCAAACCCAGAAAAAUGCUUUCCAAAACAUCAGAGGGUAGACUGGUUAUGGUAACAAAUUCAAUGAAUCUUAAUUCUUUAAUUUAUCUAAUUUACAUAUUCUGCAUGUUAUAUUCCGCACCAAAAAAUGGUGGGAGUUGGCAGGGGGAAAGGAGACUGUUCGACUAAAUCAGAGGGAUAUUUACUACUUUUGCAUGAAAAUAGAGUCUUUGAGUACAUAACAGCUUCCCUGGCAGUUCUGUGGAAUGUCCAGUGAGAACUGGUUACCAUGAAAAUUUAGCGAUUAUGACAAGAUUUUCUAUUUUUUUGAAUUGGCCAGACACAGUAAGGUGAGCAAUCAGGUUAAUGUUUUUCAUGUCACUUUUUUAUUUUUAAAACAUCAAUUCUUAAGCUGCAGCAGAUAUAGGCACUUAAAGCCCAGACUGAUAUCCACAUGUGGCAGUGUAAUAGCUGCUAUUCACAGAAUUUUUAAGAACCUAUAUUUUCUUUUGUAAUGGUGUUUCAUUACAGGAGAUCUGGAGCAUAUUUUUAUGUUAAAUUUUAAAAUAAUGCUUGAAUCAAAUAGUUCUGUUUUUCACAAGCCCAAUCUUUUUUACUGUAGAUAAAUUUAUGUAAAAUCAGUAUCAUGUACCAAAAUUUAAAUGUGUGAAGCCGGCGUUGGUGGUAUAGUGGUGAGCAUAGCUGCCUUCCAAAAUUUAAAUGUGUGUAUCAUUCAACCAUACCUAAGACUUUCAGUGGAAUGUAUUGAUGUCUAAAGCACAACUAGUAGAAAGAGACUGAAUGUUUUUAGAAGACUUGGAAAUUUUCAUUGAGGGGUUGUUUUUUUUGGUAAUAGUAACAUGUAUGUGUGUAUUUGGUAAUAGCAACCUGUAUGUGUACAUGUAUACAUACAUGUACACAUACAUAUAUGUUUUACAUAUCACCUCAUAGUCUCUUGAUUUCUCUAAAAAUGUUAACUGUCAAUAAGACUUUUUUGGUCAUUCCCUUUUCCAUAUAAGAAACCAUUUCAAAGUGGCCAGCUGAGUUUAUCAUGUCAGUGAAAUAUAAUUACCCCCAUAUGCCACCAUGAACUUACAGUUCUUCACUUCUCUGGGUUUCCAGUACGAAUCUAAUCACCUCCCCCACCCCUACUUCUCACAUGGUCACCAUUUCAAAGGGCCCACAGUGACUUUUGCUGGGCAUGUUCCAAGAUGUUUACAGACUGUGAGUACAGCAGAAAAUCUUUUACUGUGUGUAUAUAAAUAUAUAUAAACAACUGUACAUUUCUUUUAGCCAAUUUUUCUGUGAUUGUCUUUAUGGAAUGUACUUGUGUGUGUGAUAUAUGCAUGUGUGUGAUGGUAUGUAUGAAUUUAAUGUAAUCUAAUAAUACUGCCCUGCAGUCGUACCACAGGACACACUCUGAGUGGAAUCUAAGCGGUUGCUCAUCAUGACCACUGGCCUUAGUCAGUUUUAAUCUAUCUGUGUUCAUAAUUCUUGUGAACAUGUCACCAUUACAAAUGGAAUAUGGGAGGCAGCAUGAAUGGGGAUGAAUCAUGGGUUAACAGUAGUGUUUGUUUAGCUGGUUGGUGGGUUGGUUUGAUAAAACAGCAUUUGAGAUUGUACUUUUUCCUGUGCUACAGCAAAAGUCAUUAAAUAUUGAAGUAUUAUAUUGUCCUGGUUCCUCAACUCAGUAUGCUGAUGAAACUGACAAGAGGUCUGAUGUUUCCCAUCAGACUUCACCAGAUUGCUGAUGAUAAAUUAACUAAGCUGACUUGUUGGGCUAUAUUUUAGCAUAGUCAUGUAUAAAAUGAUAUCAGGUUCCAGUUGAUCCAAUCACAGGGCUCCUUUACGUGUUAGCAGUCGAAUUCCAUAACUUACUGGUACAUCACAUGCAGUGAUAUAUACCUAUAAUAUAAGCCAUAGUUCACAGCAUUUUGUGUAGACGAUUGUCUUCUUUUUUAAGAUGUUUUCUCUCUUGCAUAUGAAAAAAUACAUUUCAUAAGUUCAGAAGGUCAUAGAUUUCUGAAUAACACACAGGCUUCAAUGAGCAUUUUGUUUAUGGACCAGUAAGUAGCCAUGGUUUACUAGAAGGAAUAUUUCCAAUUUCUACCUUUAUCACACCUUUCCAAGUAAAUCUGUGGAAAUGAGCCAGAAGCCAAGGCCCCUGCAUUGGCAGUGGCCCAUAAGUAUAAAAUAAAAGUUUACAGAAGCCUU